AUUCGGGUUGAAUGUCAGUUUCUUAAGGCCCGUGUCGGGGUGUCAUACACGAUCCGUCUCGGAUCCUUAAACAUGGCAUGGAUAGGUUUGUGUACGUAUGUGUUUUACUCAAGUCACACUUCCUGAGCAGAGUUAGUGAAGUCAGUGUCCCGUACGGUACACGGGUGUAUAUCUAUAUAUAAUUAUAUGUUAAGAGAGCGUAGACAGUAUUAAGUCUUACACAAAAAUUAGAACAGGGUCAUUAAUAUUGGAGAGUUGUGGAUAUUGGCUGCUACAGACCAGAACGUUGAUGCAGAACAUGUUACCAUAAGUCCAGUUUAAGGGACCUAAGUCCGUUUUAAGGGAUACUAUCAUUCUGAGAAGUGAAGCGUGAGAUUAUCCACGAGUCCAGCAUCUGAUGGUAAUGGCGCAGACUAGGAAAUCAUCACGAUCAUGUGAAAACGUCUUUGCGGGAUUUGUUAUAUUUGCGUGUGGGAUGUCUAUAAUCAUAUCCAUGCAAUCACAAACAUUUAUAAGAACGAAGAGAGCUUUUAAACUGGCAGGUACCCGAGAGAUACAGGAAAACAGGAACACUUUCCUAGCAGCGAUCGAUCAAGAUGAGAAGGACGAUGGUGAUAGACAUGAGCAUUCACAAACGUUAAACGACAAUGGUAACACGAUAAAAGACUGGUUUCGUAAGAGAUCGACAGAAAAACACAUGCCUACAAAAUUCCACCCGAUUCUGGUGCGACCAGAGCUGAUUUCGAGUUCUGCCUGUAAGAAUACUACGGUAGAUAUCCUGAUUUACUCGGUGAGUUUUUGGCGUAAUGCUGACCAGCGGGCUGCUAUUAGAGGCACGUGGGCUGCAAGAGACACGUUUACCGAUAUCAAAAUACAAACUGUGUUCUUCCUUGGGCGGCCGACCACCGCCGCUGACCAGGCGAAAAUUGAAUCCGAAAGUCAGAAGUACGGUGAUGUAAUUCAAGGAGAUUUCCUAGAUGGGCGGGCUAAUAUUUCUAUGAAGGGUCUACACGCCCUGCAGUGGAUCAACAGUAAUUGUCUCCACGCUAAAUACAUCAUUAAAGCAGAUGACGACAUGUUUGUCAACAUAUUUUACGUCAUAGAAUUCGGCGUGUCUGAAAUCUUUACGCUGAACAAAGUGCUCUUGUGCCACGUGAGGGAGAACAAUACUAGUGAAAUAAUGAGAAACAAGGACAGUAAAUGGUACGUCCCAGCCAACAUACUGCCUGGCCGGAAAUCCUUCCCCGCCAUGUGCUUUGCUAAUAUGGUGUUAUUCACGGCGGAUCUAGUUCCGGAAUUGUACAGAGCCUCGUUUUCAAUGCCCUACUGCACGGUUGACGAUGCAUACAUUUUUGGUAUGUUAGUUGAACUCGUAAAAGGUGCUGAUUUUCAAUCUAUCGGCGAGACCAUCUCCAUGGACCAGGACAAAGCAUAUCAGGAUUUGAUUUCUCAAAGUCACCCUCAAUUUCUUGCAAGUACAAUUAGACAAAUAGAGUUCUUUAGUAAAUUUUGGAAUGCCGCCUUGAGAAGAGUUCCUAAAUGGGCGAAAGGCCGCUUGAGUAAAACUAUCAAACCUUGAUUCACAAUAGGUAUGUUUUCCAUUAAUAAUUCAUUUGCGAUAAAGCAAAUAUGUUUAUGAUGUUAUGGUCGACAAUAAAGACCUGUCUUAUCCUUUCUCGGAAUGUAUUUGUGCACAGGUAUGUCAACCUAUUAAUUGAUGUUUCGGUAAAUAAAUGGUCUGUUCAAUGCGAUAUUGCAAAUUGUAUUAAAAUUAUUCACAAAAUACAAGCGAUUGAGGGCGACAAACAGAGAACAGUGAAGGUCUUACAAAGAUAUAUACAACAUAAUCAAGCUUGCUGAGCCUGGUCGCUGUACAUCACGCUCAAUGUGCCUAUACAUACACGAAAAUAAAAUUAAAACCAUUGUUUAUUGUA